CCGAGUACGCCGUAGACUUCAAAUAUUAUCCCCGUUGGAACUUGUAUGAAACUGUAUUCAAAAUUGCGGAGAGGAGAUGUCUAAGCAGAGGGGCAGCAUUCAGAGCUGGGCGGCCGGCAAGAAGACCGUGCUGUGCACCGGCACCACCGCCAUGGACUACAUGUCGGUGGUGCGGCGCUUCCCCGCGGCCGGGGCGGACCCGUGCGCGCAGUGCCUGCGCGGCUACUGGCAGCGCUGCGGCAGUGCGUCCAACAACUGCACGGUGCUGCGGCGGCUGGGGGUCCAGUGCGAGUUCUUCGGGAUGCUGAGCAGCCUGCAGAUGUUCCGCAUGCUGGCGGACGACAUGCGGGCCCGCGGCAUCGUCGUCGAGAACUGCCCCACCUGCGAGCAGGCGCCGCCCUUCGCCUCGGUGGUGCUCGCCAAGUCGCCGAGGACGCGCAACGUCAUUAACUGCCGCAGCGCCGCGUUUCCCCACGUCUCGAUCGAGGACUUCCGCAGGCUGGACCUGAGCCGCUACGGCUGGAUGCACAUGCCGAGCAUGUCCUUCGAGACCACCCUGGCCAUGGUGGAGGACGUGGCGGCCUUCAAUGCCGCCAGCCAUGCGGACAAGAUCACCGUCUCGCUGGAGCUCAGCAAGGACCUGCCCGAGAUGUGGCCCCUGGUCGACUACUGCGACUACGUGAUCUUCUCCAAGAGGCUCGCCCGCGAGCAGGGCUGGCCCACGCCCGAGAUCGCCUGCUCCAGAAUCGACGAGAGGCUGCGCUCGCGCUGGGGCUUCAACCUGAAGCGCCCCACGGUGGUCUUCCGGUGGGGCGACCUGGGCGCCGGCGUGCUGGACGAGUCGGGGGCCAUCACCCUGGCGCCGGCGUUCAAGCCGCGCAAAAUGGUCGACUCCCUGGGCGCGGGCGACACCUUCACGGCGGCCUUCAUCUACGCCGUCUACGUGCGGGAGCGGUCCGUGCCCGUGGCCGUGGAGUUUGCCAAUCGCCUGGCCAGCCACAAGUGCACCAAAAGGGGCUUCGAUCACGUCGCCGACAUCCUCGUAGCCCCCGUUCUAUAAAGAGAGAGAGUUUCGGCGUCUCCAGCGCACAGAA